UGGAGAAAAAAGUGUAGGGCUCAUCCAGCUGGUAUUCCAUCCUCGAACUCUCCCCGAGCCGCUCAGACAAGCCGCACGCGCGCUCCUGUCCACCUCCGUCCCUGUCACAGACCGGUGCCUCUGUCUCAGUCUCUGUCCGGACUAACCCAGCACUCUUCUCCCUCUGCUGAGAGCCCACACCCCGCAGCACCAUGGAGGCCAUCAAGAAGAAAAUGCAGAUGCUGAAGCUGGAUAAGGAGAACGCGAUAGACCGGGCAGAGCAGGCUGAGGGGGACAAGAAGGGAGCAGAGGACAAAUGCAAACAGCUGGAGGAGGAGCUGCUGGGUCUGCAGAAGAAGCUGAAAGGAGUGGAGGAUGAGCUGGACAAAUACUCCGAGUCACUGAAGGAUGCCCAGGAGAAGCUGGAGCAGGCUGAGAAAAAAGCAACAGAUGCUGAGGCAGAGGUGGCAUCUCUAAACAGGCGUAUCCAGCUGGUUGAGGAGGAGUUGGACAGAGCUCAGGAGAGACUGGCCACCGCUCUUCAGAAGCUGGAGGAGGCUGAGAAAGCAGCAGAUGAGAGCGAGAGAGGAAUGAAGGUCAUUGAGAACAGAGCAACAAAAGAUGAGGAGAAAAUGGAGAUCCAGGAGAUGCAGCUGAAGGAGGCCAAACACAUCGCUGAGGAGGCUGACCGCAAAUAUGAAGAGGUGGCCCGUAAGCUGGUGAUCCUGGAGGGUGACUUGGAGCGCUCAGAGGAGCGUGCUGAGGUGGCCGAGGCGCGAGUGAGGGAGCUGGAGGAGGAGCUCAGACUAAUGGACCAGAAUAUGAAGUCCAUGAUGUGCGGAGAGGAAGAGUACUCGCAAAAGGAGGACAAAUAUGAAGAAGAAAUCAAAGUUCUUACUGACAAACUGAAAGAGGCUGAGACUCGUGCAGAGUUUGCAGAGAGGUCUGUGGCCAAGCUGGAGAAGACCAUUGAUGAUUUGGAAGAGAAACUGGCCCAAGCCAAAGAGGAGAACCUGGACAUGCACCAGGUGCUGGACCAAACCCUUCUGGAGCUCAACAAUCUAUAGAGACCUCUUCAGAGCUAGAAGAACAGCAACAAGAAGCUCUCCGUGUACACACACAUACACACACGGAUAGAAUCUGUAACAUCAACAGCUGUUAUACUUAAAAAAAGAAAAACGAGUAAUCUGAGGAUUGAUGUAAAUCUAAGGAACCCCUAAAGUAACAUGAGUAAGGAAGUCUGUUGCAAAUUGAAAGCUUAAAACUGCUGCAUGCACUGUACAAAUAAACAGAAUUGAUCUCAUCAAUUAUCAUCAAUAUCAUCAUAUACUUAAAAACAAACAAACAAGUAAUCCGAGGAUAGAUGUAAAUCUAAGGAACCACUAAAGUAACAUGAGUAAGGAAGAGUCUGUUGCAAAUUGAAAGCUUUUUGUGUGCGUUAAAAACUGCUGCAUGCACUGUUCAAGUAAACAGAAUUGAUCUUAUCAAUUAUCAUCAAUAUCAUCAUGUACCUAAAAAAAAAACAAGUAAUCUGAGGAUUGAUGUACAUCUGAGGAACCGCGAAAGUAACAUGAGUAAGGAAGAGUCUGUUGCAAAUUGAAAGCUUUUUAUGUGCAUUAAAAACUGCUGCAUGCACUGUACAAGUAAGCAGAAUUGAUCUUAUCAAUUAUCAUCAAUAAAAAGUCCCUUGCAUUCACA